UGUACUUUCGAUGCCAACCUUGAUGAUUGCUUUCUAUCCGGUUUUUGACCACCCGUGCCUAACAAGUUCACUUUUCUAUGUUGCAGUCAACUGCUAACUCUGUGGCAUCAUCUAAAAUUGCUUACCCCAGGAACUUCUGAACAAAAGUUCUUGGAAACGAUUUCAGCUAUGUUAGUAGAGGUAUCGAGAUGUCCCUCAAUUAAAACUCCUAUGUUUGCAAGAGCUGGCCAGGCUCAUGAGUUUACCCGACACUUAACUGAUUCACGAAUAAAGCAGGUGGAUACGCUUUCAUGUCGUGCCUGUAUUGAUGAAAAAACCGGGAAUCCUUCCCUCCUCUUUGGCCAUCCUGAUGCAAAUCAUAAACUAACAAGGACUGAUCGUAAAAAUGAACGCCCAGCUAGGUCUUGGUAUGGUAGUGAGGUUAUUGCUGUGAAGGAACUUAAUAUUUCGAAAUCCGGAAGACUAAUAUUCUUGGAAGUUAACAUUUUAUCGGAGGAAAUGUUGAGAUUAAAAGCUGUUUAUGACGAAGCAUGGUCAUACCUCCGAUACUGCUGCGAAACCCCCAUUUUCUCUGAAUCUUUGCUUGAUGUUGAUGAAAGUGAUGACUACGACUCCGACACUGAUAGUGAAAACGACGAUGUUGUGUAGGAUGUUGUGUGAUUUAUUAUUAAGCAGCUUGUGCCUUGUCUAAAUUGCAUAAUCUGACUGUACAACUUGGAAUAUAUCAUACGGUUCCUGCAUACAACUGUAUCAUCAAUUAUGAAUAAU